AUGGCCCAAGAUAUUUCGGUGCCUGAGCCUUUGCCUGUUGAACCUUCUUUCUUCAUGUUUGUCUUUCUCACUCCCUCUCGACGUUUCUUGUUCUGCUGCCACCGGCUCCUCAUUCAAUAUCUGGCCAAACAGCCAUCACUUCGAGGGCUUGUGAGGGAUCCCAGUGCCUGUGAAAGCCUGAAGGGCUUGUCAGAAGAGCAAAUAAGGCUAUGCCAUCGCCAUGUGGAAGCCAUGGACUCAGUCAAGCGUGGGGCCGAGGUGGCCCUCCAGGAGUGCCAGCACCAGUUUCGUAACCGCCCCUGGAACUGUUCUACUCUGCAGGGGCUACAGGUGUUUGGGAAAGUUAUUCUACAAGGCACACGAGAAUCAGCUUUUCUUCAUGCGAUCUCUUCGGCUGGGAUUGCUUUCGCUGUGACCCGAGCCUGUAGUCGCGGUGAACUGGAAAAGUGUGGGUGUGAUCGCAAGGUCAAAGGCGUCAGCCCUGAAGGAUUCCAGUGGUCAGGCUGCUCUGACAACCUGUCCUAUGGCAUUGCCUUCUCCCAGGCCUUUGUGGACGCAACAGAGCGGAGCCGUGGAACGUCCUCCAGCAGAGUGCUAAUGAACUUGCACAAUAAUGAAGCUGGGAGGAAGGCUAUCCUGUCCCAUAUGAAGGUGGAAUGCAAGUGUCAUGGCAUGUCAGGGUCCUGCGAGAUCCGCACAUGCUGGAAGGUCAUGCCCCCAUUUCACAAGGUAGGCAACAUCCUGAAGGAAAAAUUUGAAAGUGCUACAGAAGUACAUCUCAAACGUGUGGGAUCCCGAAAGCUGCUGGUGCCAAAGAAUUCCCGCUUCAAGCCCUACGCUACUCAUGACUUAGUCUACUUGAUGGCCAGUCCAGAUUUCUGCAGCUGGGACCCUCGUGGAGGGAUCUUUGGCACCUCAGGACGUCAGUGCAACAGGACUUCCCCUGCCAUGGAUGGCUGCGAGCUGCUGUGCUGUGGGCGCGGCUUCCAUACAGCUCAGGCAGAGGUGGUGGAAAGGUGCAGCUGUAAGUUCCAUUGGUGCUGCUCAGUCAAGUGCAGACAAUGCCGGCACCAGGUGGAGGUGCACUGCUGCCAAUAG